AUGACACGGGGAUCGCAGACCGACUUGGGUAAUAUUAACUCCUAUGGGCAACAAACUCCGAGUGUGGACACUCUUCAACAUAUACCACCAAGAAUGUUUGCAGACUCACAAUCAAGCAGUAGCACAUCUAAAUUUAAAUUCCCAGCAUCGAUAUUGAACGAAAGCCCUGAAAUCCAUAGACAGACUCAUGCAGACGUACAGCCACCAUCACACAAUCACACACAACAAGCAACAAUAGCAAACCAAGGAAAACAACCGAUAAGCAGAGUGACGAGAGCUUGCGACAGAUGUACACAGAAGAAGCUACGCUGUGACGGUACCAUUGUCCCAGAUCUAAAUGGAUUGCCUCCGACGGUGAUAAAACCAUGCUCACGGUGCGCCCACGCUGGCUUGGGCUGUGAAUAUACCCGAGUGCAGAAGCGUAGGGGUCCUUCACCAGGGUUCAAGCGACGCAAACUCUCAAAUGAAAGCACUACAUCCGGCGCAUCGAGCAGGACACUCCAUUCGCCGGCAUCCUCUGUCGAUUCUUCAGAUCAUUUUGCGCAGGCGCAGGCACAGGCACAGCAUAGUUACUCACAACCGCGUAAAGUCGUCACUUUACCUACUUCCGCGGUUUUGACUUCACAGAGGCAACCUUCUUCGGGGGCUGGAUUCAAAUUGCCUCCUAUCAGCAACUGGUUUCAAGGUGGUGCCCGAGGAUAG